AGUCCACACUGAGGAAACUGGUCGAGCAGACAGGUCGCACUUCCUCACCAGUCGCCUGUCACUUACACCUGGGACUUAUUUAUGCUUGAUAUACAUUCACGGGGAAAUGGAAGUCGUUGGAUUUUACCGCACAACUGCGCCGUGUCGUUGCGUGACGUGAUGCGGAGAAGGAGCCCGGCGUUUGGAGGAAGAUAUUGAUGCUUUUGAGAGGUUUAAUCGGAGUAGCUAGUAGCUAGCCGCUGCUAGCCCCAGUGCUGGCGGCUCCAGGCGGAAGGGACCGAGAGGACAGAGAGGAUGCUCCGCUGGACCCGGCAGCAGCUGGGCUUCGACCCGCCCCAUCAGAGUGACACCAGAACGGUGUACGUGGCCAACCGGUUCCCCCAACAUGGCCACUACAUACCUCAACGCUUCGCAGACAACAGGAUCAUCUCAUCCAAGUAUACCAUUUGGAACUUUGUCCCCAAGAAUCUGUUUGAGCAGUUCAGGAGGAUAGCCAACUUCUACUUCAUCAUUAUCUUCCUUGUACAGCUGAUGAUCGACACCCCGACGUCCCCCGUCACCAGCGGCCUGCCUCUCUUCUUUGUCAUCACCGUCACUGCCAUCAAACAGGGCUAUGAGGAUUGGCUGCGGCACAACGCAGACAACGAGGUCAACGGGGCUCCGGUGUUUGUGGUUCGAAGCGGCAGCCUGGUCCAGACGAGAUCCAAGAACAUCCGGGUGGGGGACAUCGUGCGCGUGGCUAAAGACGAGACGUUCCCGGCCGACCUGGUGCUGCUGUCGUCGGACCGCUCCGAGGGCACCUGUCACAUCACUACGGCCAGCCUCGACGGAGAGACCAACCUCAAGACCCAUUUCUCAGUGGCAGAAACAUCAGUGUGUCAGUCGGGGUCCAGGCUGGAGUCCUUGCAGGCUGUGGUUGAGUGUCAACAGCCUGACCCUGACUUGUAUAGGUUCGUGGGGAGGAUCACUGUGACCCAGGAGGGGGAGGAGAUCGUACGACCGCUGGGGCCGGAGAAUUUGCUGUUGCGAGGAGCCAGGUUGAAAAAUACCAAAGAGAUUUUCGGUGUGGCUGUUUACACGGGCAUGGAAUCCAAGAUGGCUCUCAACUACAAGUGCAAGUCCCAGAAACGUUCCGCAGUGGAGAAGUCCAUGAACACCUUCCUGAUCAUCUACCUGUGCAUCCUGCUGUUCGAGGCAGUGCUCAGUACCAUCCUGAAGUACGCGUGGCAGGCGGAGAACCAGUGGGACGAGCCCUUCUACAACCAGAAGACGGAGCAGGAGAAGAACAGCAGCCCGAUCCUCAAGUUCAUCUCGGACUUCCUGGCCUUCCUGGUCCUCUACAACUACAUCAUCCCCAUCUCGCUGUACGUCACCGUGGAGAUGCAGAAGUUCUUGGGCUCCUUCUUCAUCGGCUGGGACCUGGACCUGUACCACGAGGAGAGCGACCAGAAGGCCCAGGUCAACACCUCAGACCUCAACGAGGAGCUGGGACAGGUGGAGUACGUUUUCACCGACAAAACGGGAACGCUCACGGAGAACGAGAUGUACUUCCGUGAGUGCUCCAUCAACGGGAUCAAAUACCAGGAGCUGAACGGCCGGCUGGUGCCAGAGGGCGUGAUGGAAGACACGCUGGACGGCUCCAACGCCACUCUGACGGGGGACGAGCUGCUGUUCCUCAAGGCGGUCGCUCUGUGCCACACGGUGCAGAUCAGCUACGACCAGCCCGACAGCCUGGGGGGUGGCGGGGACCCCUUCUCCCACGCCAACGGCUUCGCCUCUGGCACCAUGGAGUACUACGCCUCUUCGCCCGACGAGAAGGCCCUGGUGGAGGCCACCAAGAGGAUGGGCGUGGCCUUCAGCGGUAGCAACGGGGAAACCAUGGAAAUCAAAACCUGCGGCAAGUCUGAAAAGUAUAAACUGCUUCAUGUCUUGGAGUUUGAUGCAAACCGUAGGAGGAUGAGUGUCAUACUGGAGUCUCCCUCAGGAGGUAAAGUGCUGUUUACCAAGGGGGCAGAGUCUGCCAUCUUGCCUUUCGCCACCAGCGGAGAUAUAGAGAAGACCAGACUGCAUGUGGAUGAGUUUGCUCUGAAGGGACUGCGGACCCUGGUGGUGGCGUGCCGGUUCUUCAGCCCGGAGUCGUACGCGGAGGUGGAGCGCCGCCUGGGCGCGGCGCGCACCGCCCUGCAGCACCGGGACGAGCGGCUGCAGGAGGCCUUCGACUUCAUCGAGCAGGACCUGCAGCUGCUGGGGGCCACGGGGGUGGAGGACAGGCUCCAGGACAAGGUGCAGGAGACCAUCGAGGCCCUGCGCCUGGCCGGCAUCAAGGUGUGGGUGCUGACGGGGGACAAGCACGAGACGGCGGUGAGCGUCAGCCUGUCCUGCGGCCACUUCCACCGCACCAUGAACAUCCUGGAGCUGCUGCAGCAGCGCACAGACAACGAGUGUGCCGAACAGCUCCGCCUACUGGCCAGGAGGAUCAACGACGACCACGUCAUCCAGCACGGCCUGGUGGUGGACGGGGCCAGCCUGUCUCUGGCGCUGCGGCAGCACGAGAAGCUCUUCAUGGACGUGUGCAAGAACUGCUCGGCCGUCCUCUGCUGCCGCAUGGCCCCCCUGCAGAAGGCCAAGGUGGUGCAUCUGUUCAAGACGUCCCCGGAGAGGCCCAUCACCUUGGCCAUCGGAGAUGGGGCCAACGAUGUCAGCAUGAUCCAGGAGGCCCACGUGGGGAUAGGCAUCAUGGGGAAGGAGGGGAGGCAGGCCGUGAGAAACAGCGACUAUGCAAUCGCCCGGUUUAAGUUCCUGUCCAAACUGCUGUUGGUCCACGGCCACUUCUACUACAUACGAAUAGCUCAUCUUGUGCAGUACUUUUUUUACAAGAAUGUGUGUUUUAUCACACCACAGUUUUUAUACCAGUUCUUCUGUCUGUUUUCACAACAAACCCUGUACGACGGUGCAUACCUGACCCUGUACAACAUCUUCUUCACCUCCCUGCCCAUCCUGGUGUACAGCCUGUUUGAGCAGCUGGUCCACCCCCACGUCCUCCAGACGAAACCGGCCCUCUACAGGGACAUAAGCAGGAACUCUCUUCUCUCCUUCCGGACCUUUCUCUACUGGACUCUGCUGGGAUUCUGUCAUGCCUUCAUCUUCUUCUUCGGGUCCUACGCUCUGAUAGGAGAGGAUACCAGCCUGAAUGGCAACGGACAGGUCUUGCGGGCUAACAAGCAGCUGAUGUUUGGGAACUGGACCUUUGGAACACUGGUGUACACGGUCAUGGUCAUCACUGUGACACUACAGCUGGCCUUGGAGACCCAUUACUGGACGUGGAUGAACCACUUUGUGACCUGGGGUUCCAUCACCUUCUACUUCAUCUUCUCGCUCUUCUACGGAGGCAUCAUCUGGCCCUUCGUCCAGACCCAGGACAUGUACUUCGUCUUCGUCCAGCUCCUGUCCAGCGGCUCGGCCUGGUUCACCAUCAUCAUCAUCAUCGUCACUUGUCUGUUCCCGGACAUGCUGAAGAAGGUCCUUUACCGGCACCUGCACCCCACUGGCACCCAGAAGAGCCAGUCUCUAUCAGCCCAACAGAGCCAGGGCCUCAGCUGUGUGGAGUCCCUGUGUUGCUACCAGCAUGGGCAGAGCGGCUGCACCCGCCUGGCCCGGCUGCUGGAGCGAGUGAGCGGACGCUGCCCGGCGGGCGCCUCCCACUGCACCGCCGACCCCCGCAGCAGCAACAGCAGUCCGUUGAGUAGCCCGGGUUUUGUCCUGACUCCUCCCACGUCUAACGCCUACUCGGACUAGAUCAGCACCGUUUCAGACACCGAUGGUCGUGGAGCGACCCGGAGAACCUCUACUCCAACGACCGCAGUAUCCUGACCCUGUCCCCCAUUGAGGCCAGCCACUGCUGACCCCCCCCCCUCCCCCGGGGCCCCUGAGGGGGGGGGGGGGUACCCCACCUCACCUCACCUCUCGUUGGCCCCCCUCAGUACCAGUCGGUCGUCCACUGAGGGAACCACCAGCGUGUCUCUGGGAGACACAUGACUUUAACAGCUGACGCAGCGUGGAGUGUGCGUGGUGCCCGCCUGGUUAGAGCUGCUCCCACCGCACACACUCCACGUGGAGGGGUUCCCCAAACGUCCAAAAGACACGGAAUAGACUUUAGAUCGACCAAAACGUAUUUGGCUGGGAAUUGAAGCACAAAAUUGAUUUGCUCCAACCAAUUGCAAACACCCUUGCUGCAGAGGCUGGCCAAUCAGCAGGCCUCCCUGAAGCUCAGAGCUGGAGGAUCAGUAGGACCCCUGUCCCCCAUACCCCCCCCCCCCCCCCCCCCCCGGGUCUGGCAAUAGCUUUACAUGGGAGCCCAGCUACUCAAAGGCCUUAUCACGGUACCAAAGACACCAGUUAAUGAGAGAAAGCGCUUUAUUUUUGUGCCCGAUUGUACAGAAAGUUUGAUUAUUGUAAAGACGACUAUUCUUAAUAAUAUUAUCAUUGUUCUGUUGAACAUUGAUUGUACCCGCCCCCCCCCCCCCCCCACUCCUCUCUAGCUGAGGCUGGUGGGGGGGGGGGGGGGGGGGGGGUUAUAAAACAUAUCCUCAGAUCAUUCAUUUAAAGGAAGUUUACUCGUGCAUCCAAAUCUCCCACAGUCCACAGUCCAGCAUCGCUUCCCUCCUCGAACGCCUUCAUCUCCAUUUGUUUAUGUUUUCACCCGAUGACCAAAACCAUCCUUGCACUAAAGGAAGUGACAUCACAGACCUUAGAGGCGACCACAUCCUGCGAAGGCAAUGUCCCUCUGAUCGACCGGCAGAGUACUCUUUGGAGAUCGCCGUUGACAUGUUGCGUUUAUUUCCGAAAAAAAAAAUAUCAGGGUUUUAGUGUAACGAUGGUUUGUGCUCUGCUCGGCUGCUCCUGAUCUCUGUCCCGGUCGGAGAACAUUCCGGCCCACACUGCUUCAAAGAGACAAUUAGGAUUUAGAAUGUAAAGUAAGUAAUGACUUUACAGGCAGAGCUUUUUUCACAUUUGUUUCAUCACAUGUCCCUUUCAUGUUAUGUUGGGUUUGCCUUGAUCCCGUCUUGCAUACAUUUUCCAUUGCAUACCGUUUUGUUCAUCAUUGAAAUCAUCACAAUCAUGUAAUAAUCUGCAUAUUGUUGUGCCAUGUGUUGCUCAUGUGUAUCUCCGGUACGGAUGGCUAGCCGCUCUCCUUAAGGAGCUUCUCCCCAGGACGCCUCUAGGCUGAACCCAGCUUGUCUCUCCCUCCUGAUGAGGAGUCUGACCUUCUUGAUCUGAGGCGCCUGAGGAGGCCACAUCAGGGUGGGGGCCAGGAGCUGGGUGAUGAAGCGGCUCCAGGUGAAUCUAAACUGAACCAAGCCAUCGAUGGCGGAUUGGGAACUCUUUUAAGACAACCGUUUUGAACUCGCUGACAUUAACCCUGUUGCUCACACGGAACACGCGUUUGAAGAAUUGUGUUGCGGGGCGUCUAUGCAAAGCAGUCGAAAUGUUAAACGGUUAAAGACUCACCGAUUUAUUUUUGUUGAACCAGUGGUUUCCCUUGAAUCACUUUAAAUCAUAUUUUGGGAAAAUGAAUACAUGUCUGAUAACACCUUUUUAUAUAUUUAAUAUCACAGUGCAUCUUAUUCUGUUAAGUCGUGCUUGUUCUUUGCAUAUAUCUGUACGGCUUGAGUACGUCUUCUGUCCAACAGAAUCCCCGUACUAUCCAAAUAGAUCACAAGGAAUCAUUGAUCUGUGAGGCAGUGGGGUUUGGGUGAGAACGGCUUUGGUCGUCAUGACUCACUUUGCUUUUUUCCAAAUAAUAUGAGAACACAAUGUCAUGAAAAUGGUAUCACAUUAAGAUUUUCUUAAGAAUGUUCUCAGCACUAUAUCUCGCAGCUGUUUAAGAAGGACAUUUACAGCGGUAUCUCUAAAUUUGAUCUGGUCUCAAACGGUGUACUCGUACUCAAACGGUUAUCGCACUGCAGGCAUUGAUCCACUGAAGCUGCAGAUGCAGCCUUUGGUGCAAUAUGUUUAGGAACCCACGAGAAUCUCCCAAAAAUCAAUGCAUUGAUGGACUGAUGAGGCAGAAAUAGAAAUACGUGGGAAUAUUAUCAACCCCUCGGGUGAUCUGGAUCAGUGGUGCUCUUGUGACUUUGAAUAGGCAUCAUAUCGAUCAUUAUAAAUAGUUAUUUAAGUGAAGAGAUGGGACAUAAAGAGCUUUUUUUUGUGGUCUGGUUAAAGUUAUGCUAGGGUGUAUUUCUGGCCAUUUUCUAGGUCUAUAAAAGAACGGAAGGCUUUUGGAAAGUAGUUUAGUGUUUUCUCAGUGGAUCGACCACAGGUAACAUUUUUGAAAACCUGAACAGGAGAAUGUCUACGUUUAUUUAUUGUUAUUUUAUCGAUUAAUAUGUCAGUGACUCACCAUCCACCUGUAAGACCACGGUCUUGAUACAAAUUAAGGAUUUUAAAUGUUUAAUGUGUUGGAAGACAUUGAUAUACCUCUCCCAUCUGCAAUAAUCGUGUCACUGCCCAGAGCGCAGGCUACUCCUCUGCACCUUGUGUGUUUCUGUUUGAGCAUGUUUUGCUGUUUUUGUCUUCAUGCCUUCUCUGUAGGCUGUCAUAUGGCUGACGAUGUUAUUGAAAAGUUAUAUUUACGGAAUAAAUAAUUUUUUUAAAGAAU